AAGCAAAAGUGACAGCAAUAAAUCUAAGAAGAUAUUUGUGGGUGGGAUUCCUCAUAAUUGCGGUGAAGCUGAACUCAGGGAUUAUUUCAACAGAUUUGGAGCGGUCACAGAGGUGGUAAUGAUCUAUGACGCAGAGAAACAGAGGCCUCGAGGUUGAAGUGAAGAAGGCGGAGCCACGGGACAGCAAAGCUCCCUCCCCCGGUCAGCUGGGAGCCAAUCAGUGGGGGCCCCGAGCCAUCUUAAGCACAGCCAAUGGCUGGGCAGCACAACCGGCUCCGAGCUGGCAGCAGAGCUACGGGCCUCAGGGUGUUUGGGUGUCUACAGGUCAACCUCUUGGUGGGUAUGGACCUCCUUUAACUGCUGGCCGUGGGGCACCCGCACAACCUCCUUCUCCAUUUAAUGCAUUUCUAGUUGCAGCACCUACAGCGGGAUUUGGGGCGCCUCAGGGAUACCCCCAGCAGGGCUUUAGCGCGCAACCUCAGUUUGGAUAUAGCUUUGGGACACCUCAAGGUGACCAGUUUGUAGCACAGGGAAUGCCUCCCCCUCCCGCCACGCCGGGCGCAGGCCCUUUAGGUUUUGCCCCGGCGACGACUCCCACUCAGGACCUGAGCAAAGCCGCCCCAGCACAGCCAGACUUCUCCUACAGCCAUUAUGGCUUGGGUAACUAUCCUCAGGACCCCUCUGCCUACGGACCAACGCGUCCUUCUCACACUUAUGUACAGGAAGAGCAGGGAUAUAGCGCAGGUUAUGGGCAGGACCUGAGUGCUUUUGGUCAUAGCUUUGCAGACCCCAGCCAGCAAACUGCCUCGUACGCCGCAGCCCCCUCCGCACCCUCGUCAGGAGCCCAGCCGGCUGCCAGCAGCUUCGGACGAGGACAGAACCACAAUGUACAGGGCUUCCACCCCUACCGGCGCUGAGCUGCUCUCCCACCCCCAAUGCAAUACACAUCGUCAGGGAUACAGACGUUUUGAGCACGAGAACUGGAUUCGGGAGCAAAUAAAAGGGGUUUUAUUGUGUGUAAAUUGUGAACGGGCUCUACUCCGAUAAUAGGAGACCACCGUACUCUUCUAUAUUUUGUAGUAGGACUGAACUACUGAAGUAUUUAGCAAUAGGAUUUAGGGAUUGUCUGGUCAAACAUCAGCACAGAACAGACGCACCAGACGUCAGCGACAGGGUCUCCCAAUUAUUCAGCUUUAAUUAUAUUAGUGGGGAAAUGUUUUUAUUUUCAAUUUUGUGAAUUUUGUUUACUCUAGGAGCCUUUUACCAUUUUAUUUAAGUUUGAAAUAGAUUACAAAUGUGUAUUAUACACCUAAACUGUGCAAUUUUUUAAAAGAAUUUUGUACUAAUAUAUGUGCGCUUUUCUUGUUUUUUAUUUUAUUUAAGGAUGUAGACUUCCCUCAGGUGGCUGUUGGUGCACUUUGCACUUAUGCAAAAAAAGAA